ACAAAGAGACAGAAAGGAGAGCAGAGCUGUAGCAGCAGCAGGAAAAGUAUGAGACUAAUGAAGGUGACGACAGGUCUGGAGCCUCUGCCGUCUUACCAGCACUCAGGGGAAGAAAAAGAAAACUCAGAGGAAGUGGAGAAGAGAGUAAACAAAAAAAUGAGGGGCGCAGCUCAGGAUGGGACACCAGCACGGAAAGGAAAAAGUGGAUUCAACAAAGGACUGAAGGCAACUGUGAAGUCACACACACAGCAAAGAUGUAAGAUAAGUGAAAAGGUCGUUUCUGCCUGUGAGGCGUUGGAGAUGAACCUGAGUGAAGAGACGACUUUAUCCAGCAGGGAGCUGCACGACUGUCUGCAAACACUGCAGCAGGAGUGGUUCUCUGUAUCCAGCCACAAGUCAUCUGAUGCCAACGUUGUGGAUGAGUACUUGUCGGUGUUUCGGGUCAUCUCUCCUGCAGUGCUGCGACACGUGGUCAAUAUGACUGAUGGCAACGGAAACACAGCACUGCACUACAGCGUGUCUCACUCCAACUUUGGUGUUGUUAAGAAACUGCUGGACGCAGAGGGCUGUGAUGUCAAUCAACAGAACAAAGCAGGAUACACACCCAUCAUGCUGGCAGCACUGGCAGCAGUAGAAACCCAGGAGGACAUGAGGGUCGUAGAGAAGCUCUUUUCAAAAGGAGAGGUCAAUGCCAAGGCCAGCCAGGCCGGACAAACAGCUCUGAUGCUGGCUGUGAGCCAUGGCAGGAUGGCCAUCGUGCAGGCUCUAAUGGCCCAGGGGGCAGAGGUCAACCUCCAGGAUGAUGAAGGAUCCACUGCACUCAUGUGUGCGAGCGAACACGGCCACACGGACAUCGUCAAACUGCUGCUGGCAGAGUCGGACUGUGACGCCGCCCUAACCGACAGUGAUGAGAGCACAGCCUUGUCCAUUGCACUGGAGGCGGGACAUAAUGACAUCGCAGUGCUUCUUUAUGCUCAUGCCAACUUUUCCAAAGCACAAACUGUGGUAUGUUGGUCAGCACUUUUUCUGCAGCAUGUAAUCUAAGUUGAUCGUAUUCCAUUCGAAAGUUUUUAUUAUGUUUUUUUUUUCCUCUCUUUGUCGUUACAGGCUGUUUCUCGGAGCAGUGGAAAACCAGUCUCCUCCUCUGGUGUUUGAAACUUCUUUGAAUCAUAGACGUUAAUCACAUCCAUGAGGCCAUUCAGUGUAAAAGCUGUUGUAUUUGUAAAUCCUGACGACGUGUUGUUUACAACACCACAAGUGAAACAUAUGGAAUUAGUCUAUGUUUACAAAAGACAAGGCUUGGUUGCCUUAAAUUUUUUUUUUUUUUCUUUUUUUUUUUUUUUUACUUUUUACUUUUUUACUACUACUUUUCAUUCUUUUGUUGCACACACAAAUACACACACAUAUAUAUGCACAUAUGAAUAUGAAUGGAUACCAGCACAACAGACUUUAUUGUCUAUAAAAUAUUUUAAAAAAAGAAAUGUAUAUAAAGCUAUUUUAAAUAUGUUGCAAAAAAAUUAUUAAAUGCACAUUAAAAUCAUGAUGAAUAUACAAUACAUUUUUAAUAGAGAUUUUUUUCUCUUUUAUUCAUUUUGCCAAACCUAAAGUUUAAACUUCACUUUCAUU